GUAUCCAUCCUCGGAGCUGCAAGAAAAGACUGGUGAAGCGCUAGCACAAUGUCAGCUCGGGGUUGUAUUUAUCUUUUACCGUCAUGAAGGGAGAGACGGAUGCCUUGCCGAUCAAACGGGACACUCGGUCACGAUGAGAAUUCAUUUAAAAGUCGUGGCGAUUGCGGUAUGUUUCGGAGUUUUUCUACUUGUGUACUUUUUAGGGGGGAAUCCAGCCGACGAGCCGCCGUUGAGAGAAGUUGAGGAGAAGGACAACAGCUACUUUCUGCCUUCUUCUUCUGGGCAUGGAAACAUUGUUGCAGCGAAACAGGCCGAAAAGUCACACGAAGAACCCCGUGUAAUCCCAAAACGCCCACGAUUGAGCCGAAAAGAAGUGAAAACAUCAAGCAGAGGAGGCGCAGGCAAUGCAAAAACUAGGCAGAAGAGCGUUGCGGGUCGCCCCGGGGCGAAGAGCGGGAGCGCUGGUAGCGUCCGCGCCGCGACGGGUACGCGGGACGGCCUCAUGCACCUGGCCGUGGUGGCCUGUGGGAACCGGCUGGAGGAGACGCUCACCAUGGUCAAGUCGGCCCUGAUCUUCAGCGUCAAGAAGAUCAAGUUCCACAUCUUUGCCGAGGAGGGGCUGUCUCAGGAGUUUGAGAAAGGGCUGAGUGAGUGGCCCCGUCAGCUGUCUGCCAAGUUCCACUACAGCAUCUACCCCAUCAGCUUCUCCGUCGGGAACGCAGACGAGUGGAAAAAGCUCUUCAAGCCCUGCGCCGCCCAGAGGCUCUUCCUCCCCGUGAUCCUGAAGGACGUGGACGCGCUGCUGUACGUGGACACGGACGUGCUGUUCCUGAGGCCCAUGGACGACAUCUGGAGCUUCUUCAAGGCCUUCAACAGCAGCCAGCUGGCGGCCAUGGCCCCCGAGCACGAGAUCCCCAAGAUCGGCUGGUACAGCCGCUUCGCCCGGCACCCCUUCUACGGCGUGACCGGCGUCAACUCCGGGGUCAUGCUCAUGAACCUGACCAGGAUUCGUAGCAGCCGCUUCAAGAACAGCAUGAUUGCUAGCGGUCUAUCGUGGGAGGACAUGCUGCACCCCCUCUACCAGAAAUACAAGAACCACAUCACCUGGGGCGACCAGGAUCUCCUCAACAUCAUAUUCCACUACAACCCAGAGUGUUUGUACACGUUUCCAUGCCAAUGGAACUAUAGGCCGGACCACUGCAUGUAUGGCAGUAACUGCAAGGGAGCGGAGGACGAGGGGGUGUCUAUUCUCCACGGCAACCGAGGGGUCUACCAUGACGACAAGCAGCCUGCCUUCAAAGUGGUGUACGAUGCCAUACACGACUAUCCUUUCGGAGAGAAUCUUUUCCAGUCCCUAUUUUUCCCUCUUCAGACCAAGUUUUUGGACACGGUGAACACGCUGUGUGGCCGCAUCCCCCAGGUGUUUCUGAAGCAGGUGGAGAAGACCAUGAGGGCCGUGUACGAGAAGAAAGUGGUCCGACAUGUUAAACGAGCUGCGUAGUGUCCUUCAGCCACUUCGGUAUCGCUAUUGGUACUAAGCACUUGGUACCGUCAAGAGACAAUUAAGAUGAGCCUCGUCCAGUCUACUGUAAAAAUACAGGAUGUCUUUCUGUGAAAGAUGUUAUGAGGCGCACUAACAAAAAAACCCUCAUUGCAUAAUAGGAGUUAUUUCUUCUCAGUCAAAGUGAGCCAUGGUAAACAUUGGGGUUGCUGAAGAAGGAAGACUCCCCACAUGGACCUUCAUGAGAACGUGAUGUUCUUGGCCUGCGUGCAGAGGUUUCCACUCCUAUACAGUCAACGACUCGAGCACCUACACUCCCCAAUCCAACACACAUCUCCAAUGAAUUCUACUCAUCAAUGAACUGAAGCGAUGUGUAUGAAUGUGUACUUUUCAAGGUUCAUUUUGUGUGUAUGCUAUAUCUUCUGUCUGAAGCUGGAAAGAAUAACAGACUAGAAGACAAGAAUACAGUUACUUCUCAGUUUGCAAUGUUUUUUAAUGAAUGGAACUGGUGGGAGGAGAGCAAUGCAUAUCAUAUUGUGAGCAGCCACUGAGAUAUCCGUAGCUGUGUUUUAAAUGUUGUGUUUUUAUUUAAAGUUGCAAUGAAAAAAUAAUUGGUACCCCCUCAGUCAGACGUUAAAAAUGUGAAUCACUACAUACAUCUCAUAUACAUGCAUUUCCUACUCAGAAAGUAAUGCAACAAUGUGAACUGACUCUUUAUUUCAUCUGUCUUUGAAUGUUCAAAUUUCAGCACAUGCUGAAUUUUGCCAAAUUCACAAAACUGUACCGUUUACAAUUAAAAUGCACACACAGUAUUUUUAGUUACACAGACUCAAGGUCUAGUGGGAUCUAGGCCUUUCAAGUGCACUUUUGACUGGAAAUGAAGUUAAGUGGAGAAUAAUAUGGAAUUGUCAGUAGUAAAUGUCCAAUAUUAGAAGCUUUCAGAUAGCUGUGUGGGAGGCGGGAGCUGAAAGUAUUUUGUUUCUAUGUAUGUACAUAGUGUCAGUGUUGUAAAUGGAAGAAUAUGGGGCAGAGGACUGUACAUCUGGAAAAUGAAUUUCUAUAUUCUGCAAUGGGGCCAGUGAGGUCAAUCCAUUUUUUUAUUUGUGUUUUUUUAAAUGGGAAAGGGCUGUGCUUGGCCUGUGUUGCAUAUAAAAAAUCCCUCUGUUUUGUAAUAAAAAGAAUUCAUCCACGCACA